UGUAGCUCGAUUACUAUCGAUGCCAGAAUGUUUUCAAACACACUUCAUACGGUUGAUAGUAAUCGAAAAAAUGGCGCAAAGUGGUGAAAUUGACAAGUCCAGAAAGCAGAAACUGUUGUUGGAUAAUGACAUAUAUGAAUUGGAUUCAGAAGAUCAAUCUAUAGUCGCUUCCCCGGAAGUCAUCGAACUUGAGCCCUCCAGCGAUGAAGUAGCUAUUCUUGAUGAGAGCCAAGUGUCUGAAAAGCUUGAUAACCUCUCCGAAUCUGUCAACUUCGACAAUACCGUUGGCCCAGGAGUUGCUCCGAAAGGAUUCAUAUUAAUUGACGAAGAUCUCGGUGACACUACUAUUAACGAAACCAAUGAAUCUGAAACCCGAAUUGACCACCCUCCGAAAAAGCCUGCACCAAUCUUCCAGGUUAUAUUUCGAGACGACGAAGCCGUCAGAAAUUAUAGAAGAUCAAUAAAAAAGUUUUUACAAAGUUUGGUUUGCUCUAACACAAAAGAUGAAUCAGAUGACCCCUUUGGUUUGGUACUUGAAAUUUGGGAUAAACAUUUGGUUCCGGAGGAAGGAGAAAUUUCUGGUAAACCUGAUUAUCAGGAAACUUCUGAUGAUCAAGUUUUCACAAUCGAUACUAAGCCAAAAUUGAAGGAUGAUUUAGACAUUCCUACGUAUGGAAAGAAAUUCAAGGAAAUCUUAAAAAAAGUAGAAGAUGCUGUAGCAGAUGUACCGGAAGUUUGUGGUCCAAAAUUGGCAUGUUUUAACUGUGAUGGCAAUCAUAACUUACGCGAUUGUACUGAGCGGCGUGAUUAUGCCAAAGUAAACAAAAAUCGCAAGAUCUUUCUGGCAAAUCAGGGGCCGAGAAACGGUAGAUAUCACUUAGAUGAAGAACAAAAAUUUGGACAUUUUACACCAGGAAAACUGAGUAAAAAUCUCCGGCGAGCUUUGGGGCUUAGGGACAAUGAACUUCCUAAGCAUAUUUACAGCAUGAGAAUACUUGGCUACCCUCCAGGGUGGAUGGAGGAAGCACGUGUCCAGCACUCUGGAUUGAUGCUGUUCAAUUCAGAAGGGUGUGCAGAAGGUGAUCCUGCAAACGAUGAGGAGGAAACAGUUUUGUCUGGUGCCGGGGAUAAAUUCGAUGUGAAAAAGAUAUUCGAUUUUCCUGGAUUCAAUGUCGACCCACCUCGCGGUACACGAGACGAACACAAGUAUUACGGCACACCGCAGAUGCAAGACUCUGAUAGUAAAAAACUGAUGUUAUCGAGGUUUAGAGGUAAAAAGGCAGAAGAAGGUUACAAGAGGAAGAAAAUGAAAAUGAACCGCAGUGAUACGAUAACAAAUUCCUCCAUCAUUUCUUGCGAUAUGGAGAUUGAUCCUGCGGAAGACAAUGAUAUUGAGAUUCUGACUACAAAUGGAAACCUGGCGCCUCCAUUACCCAGAACAGAACCCCCUAGGCCACCGGAUCUACCUGUUGAUUCUGAAAAUGAUAAUCGUGAUUUGCAUGAGCAACACUGCGAUAGAUCUAAGGAUCAAAGUUCAACAUCGUUGUCACGUGAUGGCUCACCAUCUUUAUCGCAUUUGGAAGUUGCAAAGAAACAGCUUCUUAUCGAAUUGAAUAGACCAGGAACGCCAUUGGAUCAAACAAUCCGGGUGAAUACUCCAGAACCAACUUCAAAUACUCUCAAUGUGAAACAAUUGUUUUCACCAACUGGGACAGACCUAACGCCCCAAUCGAUUCGGACACAAAGCAGGCAAAGUACGCCACAAAUAGAUCCUACUGGUGCCGAAAGAUCCGUAAACCUUGGUACUCCUGUUCUCAACAGCACAUCACCUUUCAACAAGUUGCCAUCGUCAGAAAAAUUCUCAAAGGAUAUUUGUGAUGUGAUAAGCUUUGAAAACUUACCGAAUUCGACGGGUAAGUAUGAAAAAUUGAGUGAAGUCUUACAAAAAGUACGUGAUAAGGUGACACGGAUUCAGCAAGAGUAAUUGUGAGUUUGUGGCAUUGGAUCUGACCACGUGCAAAUGAAUUGUUGUGUAACUGUUUAUAUUUGUACAUUAAAUUUAAAAAUAGAUUGUAAUUUAUUCGGUUACAAAGAAAAGCUAUUCUUAUACCAUUUGAUAAAAAAUAAAUGUUGAAGUUUUCAAUGCCUUCAAAUUC